GGGGUUUCAGAGGGGGCAGGGGUGGUAUGGAUCACAGACCUAAGCCAGAAUGUGAUCCUUGUGGUCUGUACAUAAGAGCACCAGCAUUUAACAAAGAAACCACAGAAAAGUUACUAGAUAUGGGAAAGAAAUCAGAGUACACAUUUUGCAGAGGUUUAUAUAUUUACUGCCACACAGAAGAAGCUGCUAACCAAACUAAAGAAGCUUUAAAUAAAAUGAAGUUCAAAAGUGGAAAUACCUGUAAGGUAGAUUAUUGUUUUUCAAGGAAUGAACCAAAACUUGAGGCACCAGAGAUAGACCCUAAAAGCCUGUUCGUUAGAAAGCAAAUGGGCGAAUUUGAUGCUAAGGAGGCCAAACAGCUUAUGGAGAUCGGAAAGAAUGCAAAUGAAAUUUCAUUCCACAGGGUCUUCACAGUGUCAUUUGGGUCAGAAAAAGCAGCCAAUGAUGUCAAGGAGAAGUUGUCUGAAAUGAAAUGCAGCGACGGAACAUCACUAAAAGUACAAUACAAAUUCAAAACCAAAAGAAGUUUAGAUGAUGAUGCAGAAGCAACAAAGGAAGAUGCCUCCCCAAAGAAAAAGGCAAAGAAGGAAGUAGCACCAGUAGAAGAGGAUGAGGAUGAGGAUGAUGAUGAUGAUGAAGAGGGAGAAGAGGAGGCAGAUGAGGAAGGUGAUGAUGCUGAAGGUGAAGAGGAAGAGGAUGAUGACGAUGAUGAUGAUGAUGAAGAGGAUGAUGACGACGAUGAUGAUGAUGAUGAAUAGAAUAUAUAGGCUUUGUGAUUUAAUGGUGUGCUAGGAAUGUGUUGAAUUAUUCUAGGAAGAAUAUAAAAUAAAUUUAGAUCACAUUGUGGAAUGUGUGAAUGGGUAUCAUUUGUUUCAUUAAUUAUACCUGUACUGAAUGUUAGUGUAUCAUACCUUAACUGGAAUGAGAGGAAGGUAUGUGAAAUUAAGUAUGCUUAUCUUUAUAUCAAGACGUAUUGAAUGUAAUAAGAAAUUUUAUUUGUAAAUGUAAUGGUACUGUACUGUACAUUGUUAAGUCUUGACUGAAUAUAUUUUUUUUUUUGGUUUA